AUGGAUAUGCAUGCAUGUAGGCAUGCAUGUGGUUCUACACAUCGCUGUGCAUGUAUGUGUACUUAUUUAUUUCAUUUCCAAAAAAAGUUUUUGAGCUGGAAGGAAGGAAGGAAGGAAGGAGGUUUACUGCUUCCGAUAUCAAUUUUAAAGGCUUAUUUCACUGACAUUCAGAUUCAAAUCAAGCGACAGAGAGCAAAAAGACUUCUCUUGUGUACGCCAUAUUUCAUUUACUACUUGAGCAGUGUAAAUGAAAUGAUUUCGAUGAUUUGUUUAGAUUUGAUUCCUAAAGGAAUAAGAUUGCAGUUUUAUAACUCGAAUAUCAAAAUAUCCAAUCUUUUGGAAUCGCAUCGUUCUGAACAACAUGCAAAAAUAAUCACUGAAGAGAGAUGUCGCUUCUGGCGGUUACUGAAUACAGAUGGCGCUCUUGACGAUAUUUUCUCGGGAAAAACAGUUUCGGGGAAAAGAUCAUCUCAACUCUGUUCAGCAUAA